GAGUCAGCACCGCGGACAGCCCAUUUUCCACCCUCCCUGCAGCCGAGGAGCGGCGGGAGCCCUCCGGAACAUGGCAACCGAGGUCCACAAUCUGCAGGAGCUCCGGCGAAGUGCCUCGCUGGCCACCAAGGUCUUUAUCCAGAGAGACUACAGCGAUGGGACUAUCUGCCAGUUCCAGACCAAAUUCCCCCCAGAGCUGGACAGCCGGAUUGAGCGGCAGCUCUUUGAGGAGACUGUGAAGACCCUCAAUGGCUUUUACGCCGAGGCUGAGAAGAUCGGGGGCAGCUCCUAUCUUGAGGGCUGCCUGGCUUGUGCGACGGCCUACUUCAUCUUCCUCUGCAUGGAGACCCACUAUGAGAAGGUUCUGAAGAAGAUCUCCCGCUACAUCCAGGAGCAGAAUGAGAAGAUCUUUGCGCCUCGAGGCCUGUUGCUCACAGACCCCGUGGAGCGCGGGAUGAGGGUUCCCAGAUCGAGAUCUCCAUCUACGAGGACCGGUGCAGCAGCGGCAGUUCUAGCAGUGGCAGCAGUAGCGGCAGUGGCAGCAGCAGCGCCGGGGGUGGCGGGGCCGGGGCUCGGUGACUGGCCGAGAGUCCCUGCAGGGAGGGGUAUGGCCGCAACGAGGGCCUCGCAGACCUGCGGCGGCUGCGCUACCAAAGCACCCGCUUCUGAGUCAUUCUCUGGGUCCUGCCCCGCUUCCCUGAGCUGGGAGGGAGGGUGACACCCAUACUCCCCCCCCCCCCCCCCCCCCCCAG